UGUGAGAGAGAGAGGUGAGGUGAGAUGAGAUGAGAUCCCUCAUGUGGUGGACUUGUAGAAGGUUUAAGGAUUUCAUCGUGUGGAAAUGCAGCCGAAAAGCUCGUUUAGAUUUGUAUGGAUUGUGUUCUGCGACACUCCUGUCAGCAUGAACGAAUGAGCUUAUGCAACAAGCUGAGGGGAAAUGGCUUUUGAAUUGUCUCAGUCCUGCCACGUACAGUCCGUCCUCCUCCUCCUCGGUCCCUGAAGGACGUCAACUGUUUAUGGGAACUACUGGCAUCGGUCUCCUGAGGAUUUAGCUCUCCUUUCGGGACGCCAUCCCCAUCCCCCCUCCUCCUCCAUCCCGCCCUCCCGCUCCACAGCGACAUGGCUAACAACUCGUACACCGGGGUGAAGAACUCCGUAGCGGAGCCCAAUCACGAUGGAGAAUUCGGCUGCUCGCUCAAAGAGCUGCGCUCGCUCAUGGAACUGCGGGGGGCCGAGGGAUUACACAAAAUCCAGGAUUGUUACGGGGACGUUAACGGACUCUGCAGCAGACUGAAAACGUCGCCUAUAGACGGUUUAAGCGGGAACCCUGCCGAUAUCGAAAGCAGAAAAUUAGCGUUUGGACAGAACUUUAUACCUCCGAAAAAGCCAAAAACCUUUCUUCAAUUAGUAUGGGAAGCAUUACAAGACGUAACGUUGAUUAUUCUAGAAGUGGCAGCCAUAAUUUCAUUAGGCCUUUCUUUUUAUAGACCUCCGGAUUUAGAGGAUAAAAAAUGCGGGGAGGGAGCAGGAGGCGUAGAAGACGAGGGCGAGUCCGAGGCAGGAUGGAUCGAGGGAGCGGCCAUCCUCCUCUCUGUUGUCUGUGUGGUGCUAGUGACGGCUUUUAACGACUGGAGUAAAGAGAAGCAGUUCCGUGGCUUACAGAACCGCAUCGAACAAGAGCAGAAGUUUACAGUGAUGCGCGCUGGGCAAGUCAUUCAGAUCCCCGUGGCUGAGAUUGUAGUCGGGGAUAUUGCACAAAUCAAAUACGGUGACCUCUUACCUGCCGACGGCGUUCUCAUCCAAGGGAACGAUCUUAAAAUCGACGAGAGCUCUCUGACGGGAGAAUCGGACCACGUGAAGAAACUGCUGGAUAAAGAUCCCAUGCUGUUGUCAGGUACCCAUGUCAUGGAGGGCUCUGGAAAAAUGGUCGUCACUGCCAUCGGAGUCAACUCCCAGACCGGAAUCAUCUUCACGUUACUGGGGGCGGGAGAGGACGACGACGACGACGAGGAGAAAGAGGAGAAGAAGAAAGAAAAAGAGAGGAAGAAGGAGAAGAAAAACAAAAAGCAAGACGGCUCUGUGGAGAACAGAAAGAAAGCUAAAGCCCAGGAUGGAGCUGCAAUGGAGAUGCAGCCCCUGAACAGCGACGAAGGAGCAGAUGCAGAUGAGAAGCGCAAAGCCAACUUGCCAAAAAAAGAGAAAUCCGUCCUCCAAGGGAAGCUGACUAAACUAGCAGUCCAAAUUGGCAAAGCAGGUCUGGUGAUGUCUGCCAUCACCGUCAUAAUCCUGGUGGUGUUGUUUAUAGUGAACACCUUUUGGGUGCGAGGGCUUCCGUGGGAGAAAAGCUGCACGCCCAUAUACGUCCAGUAUUUCGUCAAGUUCUUCAUCAUCGGCGUGACCGUCUUGGUGGUGGCCGUCCCUGAGGGCCUGCCUCUUGCCGUCACUAUUUCACUGGCUUACUCUGUCAAAAAAAUGAUGAAGGACAACAAUUUGGUAAGGCAUUUAGAUGCCUGCGAGACCAUGGGCAAUGCUACUGCCAUCUGUUCAGAUAAGACAGGCACUCUGACCAUGAACAGGAUGACUGUGGUGCAGGCUUACAUCGCAGAUCAGCACUACAGGAAGGUCCCUGAGCCGGAAGUAAUCCCUGCCAGCAUCAUGGACCUGCUCGUUCUGGGCAUCAGCGUCAACAGUGCUUAUACCACCAAGAUCCUGCCUCCUGAGAAGGAGGGAGGUCUAUGUCGUCAGGUGGGCAACAAAACCGAAUGUGCCUUGCUUGGCUUCGUGUUGGACCUGAAAAAAGACUACCAAGCAAUCCGCAACGAGAUCUCCGAGGAGAAGCUCUAUAAAGUUUACACGUUCAACUCUGUCAGGAAAUCCAUGAGCACCGUGUUGAAGAACGCUGACGGAAGCUUCCGGAUGUUCAGCAAAGGAGCCUCGGAAAUUCUACUCAAGAAAUGUUCUAAGAUCCUCACAGCGACCGGUGAGAGUAAGGUGUUCCGGCCCAGAGACAGGGAUGACAUGGUGAAGAAAGUGAUCGAGCCCAUGGCCUCUGAAGGCCUGAGGACAAUAUGCCUGGCCUACAGAGACUUCCCCGCUUCAGAAGGAGAACCCGACUGGGAAAACGAGGCGGAUAUACUCACCAGACUCACCUGUUUGUGCGUGGUGGGCAUCGAGGACCCAGUCAGACCGGAAGUCCCCGACGCGAUCAGGAAGUGCCAGCGUGCCGGGAUCACAGUACGCAUGGUCACCGGGGACAACAUCAACACGGCUCGCGCCAUAGCGUCCAAGUGCGGCAUCCUGCAGCCCGGAGACGACUUCCUCUGCCUGGAAGGUAAAGAAUUCAACCGGCGGAUACGCAACGAGAAGGGAGAGAUCGAACAGGAGAGGAUCGAUAAAAUAUGGCCUAAACUCCGAGUCCUGGCGAGAUCGUCUCCGACAGACAAGCACACGUUGGUUAAAGGUAUCAUCGACAGCACUGUUCUAGAACAGAGGCAAGUAGUAGCGGUAACGGGAGACGGUACAAACGACGGCCCUGCCUUGAAAAAGGCCGAUGUCGGGUUCGCUAUGGGCAUCGCAGGCACAGACGUAGCUAAAGAGGCUUCCGACAUCAUUCUCACCGACGACAAUUUCUCCAGCAUCGUCAAAGCGGUCAUGUGGGGCCGCAACGUCUACGACAGCAUCUCCAAAUUCCUGCAGUUCCAGCUCACGGUCAACGUAGUGGCCGUGAUCGUGGCCUUCACCGGAGCGUGCAUCACACAGGAUUCUCCGUUGAAAGCAGUACAGAUGUUGUGGGUAAAUCUGAUUAUGGACACCUUCGCAUCGCUAGCUCUGGCCACCGAACCUCCCACGGAGUCUCUGCUGCUGAGGAAGCCGUACGGCCGGAACAAACCCCUCAUCUCCAGAACCAUGAUGAAGAACAUCCUGGGCCAUGCCGUCUACCAGCUCACCGUCAUCUUCACUCUGUUGUUUGCAGGUGAAAGGCUGUUCGACAUCGACAGCGGUCGUAACGCCCCUCUCCACGCUCCGCCCUCCGAGCACUACACCGUCGUCUUCAACACCUUCGUGUUGAUGCAGCUCUUCAACGAGAUCAACGCCCGCAAGAUCCACGGCGAGAGGAACGUCUUCGACGGUAUCUUCAACAACCUCAUCUUCUGCUUCAUCGUCUUCGGCACGUUCAUCAUCCAGUUCGUCAUCGUGCAGUUUGGAGGCAAGCCCUUCAGCUGUGUGGCUCUUACCAUCGACCAGUGGCUCUGGUGCGUUUUCUUAGGCUGUGGCUCUCUGCUCUGGGGUCAGGUGAUCUCCUCCAUCCCGACCAGCCGCCUGAAGUUCCUGAAGACGGCCGGUCACGGAACUCAGAAGGAGGAGAUUCCAGACGAGGAGCUGGACGAGAUGGAGGACCUGGACGAGAUCGACCACGCCGAGCGUGAGCUCCGCAGGGGGCAGAUACUCUGGUUCCGAGGCCUGAACAGGAUACAGACUCAGAUGGAUGUAGUGAGUGCGUUCCAGAGCGGCACUUCCUUUCAGGGGGCCCUCAGGCGUCACCCCUCGAGCACCAGCCAACAGCACGAUAUCCGAGUAGUGAAUGCAUUCCGCAGCUCCCUGUCCCCCUAUGAGGGGCUGGAGAAGCCCGAGUCGCGCAGCUCAAUCCACAACUUCAUGACCCACCCGGAGUUCCGGAUAGAGGACUCGGAGCCCCACAUCCCCCUCAUCGACGACACGGACGCCGAGGACGACGCCCCCACGAAGAGAAACGCCACCCCCACACCCCCUCCACCUCCCUCUCCGUCGCCCAACCAGAACAAUAACGCCGUGGACAGUGGCGUCCACCUCUUCUUAGACAACAGCAAGCCGGCCACGCCCUCGGCCCCGGCGAGCCCCAUGCACAGCGUGGAGACGUCCCUCUGAUCGGCUCCGCCCUCCCCCCCUCCCCCGACCCCACCCUCCCUCCCUUCCUCCACACUCUGAGCCACACCCACCUGCAGUCUCUACAGAGACCUGUGCUCGCUCAGCGGACUCAUGGGCGCGGAGCCGUGUGUGAUCUGGGAGCUUGACUGAAGCAAGAGCAAGCGCUCACCACAGCGUAGGGUGUGGUUGUGAUGAUUACCUUUUUUUUGUUGUUGUUGUUGUUGCUGUUGUCUUAUUUUAUUCUCGAUAUCCUCUCGGAGAGGGAAGGACUCUAUUUCCACCUCUGCUUAUAAAAUCUUUCUGUCCCCUUUGUGGAAACGGAGGGAUUGUUCAUUCAGAUUGAAAGUGACCUGUAUUUUUUAUUAUUAUUAUUAUUAUUAUUAUUAUUUAAUUAUUAAUAUUCUAAUACUGAGGAGGCGAUUGGUCUCUCCAAGGCUUGCAGAUGAUUAGCUGUAAGAAUUUACUUUACUCUUUUUUUUUUUUUUUUUUUUUUUUCUCUUUCCCCCCCCCCUCAACCCCCUCCCCCCCUCCCCCCAUGGUGGUGUACAUUUCUUUCUGUGGCCCUAGAUUUUCUGCUCCAUAUGGCUGUUCAUGUUUUGAAUUAUUUAUGUUUUGUUUUUGUUUGUUUUGUUUUUGUUUUUUUUUGAAAAAGGCCGAUCUGUUUACAAAGUUUGUAGAUACUUUUUUUUUUUUUUCUCUGUUUGUUGGUGAAGGAGCUUCCUGAUGCAGAAAAACGGGGACAAAUAAAACUAACAAUAAAAUGUACAAAAAAAAAAAUAAUGAAGAAAUGAGAGUAAUAUUUCAGAUACUACUGUAUUUUCAGGGGGGGCGGGGGGCGUUUCUAUGGAAACUGAACUAUUUUUGCCUGCAAGUUUUAUUUGUUAUAUAUUUGUGGAUACAUAGAAAUCUUCUAGCCAAAUAGAUAACACUAAGGCUUGUAUAGCAGCGAAGAGAGGCGUCGGGGUCCUGCAGGGACGCGGGCGAGGACCUCCGUCAGUACAUUUCCUUAGGCAUUUACUACUGCGUUUCUUCAGUUUUAAAGCUAGUUUGUCAUGCUUACUUACUAGGGACUGCGUUUGUGUUUCCAGUUCAUCAUCGUUCGAGAUCGAUCGAGAGCGAGAGUCGCUGUAAAUGGUCGGAAAUCUAAAGCGAGAGAGACGUUAUCGUCAAGCUCGUAAUUCGAAGUAGGAAGUCCACUGGUGACGUUUCUGUCCCUGUGAAUAUGUGAUAUCAAGGAUCGUGAUCUCAGGCUUUUUUUUUGGGGGGGGGGGGGGUGAAUAAAAUAAAAAUGAAUCCGAUGCAAAAGGAUGCACUGAAUGCAAAACAUGCAUCGUUAUGAGUGAAGAAUUUAUUCUUAUUAUUUUUAUUUAAUUUUUUUUUUGUCUUGAAGUAAAUGAUCGUGUUUCGAUUAACAUUUUAAAUUUACAUUUAAACACGUGGCUGAUUUUUUUUGGGGGGGAACCGUUUCCACUUAUGACGUAUGGGGGUCGUUGGGGAGGGUGGGGUUAAGAGACAGACAGACAGACAACAACAGCUUGUAUUCUUUCUUCAUCUUAUUCCAUGAAUAUUCUGGUCACUCGGAAUGCUGCGUUUGACUUGGCUGUGGAAUAUAUUUAUCACCUGAAGUACUGGAACUUACAAAAUGGGGAUUUUUAAAGUAGGGGGGGGCGGGACGACGACACUUGGGACAUAACAGGGUCUCUGCACAGGGUACAUUUAUUUCAACUCCCUUUGGAUAUUUUGAUACGGACCGUUAUAAAUAAAGACUUCCUUUGUAUUUUUAUGGGACAUAAAGAAGAUCUUUUGACCUGCUGAAGCAGACUUUGAGGAAUUUUACACGGUAACCAGUGCAGGAACAGCUUGGCAAACAAGGCUAGUGAUUCGGUUCUGCUAGGAAUCUAUUUCUCAGGGUGGCGAAUAGUACGAACCAGGCUUUAAGAAAACACCUAAAGUCAAAUACUAACACUUUUUUUUUUAUUAUUAUUAUUAUUAUUAUAAUUAAAUUGAAUUUUGGCUGGUAUCGGCUGUUGAUUUUUCUCCUGCGGGUCUGAAAGGGAAGAGGAGAAAAUACAAAGAAGAAUAGGAUGUGCGCUUUAGUCGGCACAUCCGCACGUUUUUGUUUUGUUUUCCUUCCUAAUUUAUUAUUAUAUCUUUUUUUUUUUUUUUUUUUUUUUUUUUUUUUUGUUCCUUGUGUUUAACAAAUAAAAAAUAAAGCAGCUUGAGUUUGCUAUUUAGUGAAGAAAUGUGGAAAGAAAAGAAUCCAUGAGUUUAUUCUGUAGCUUCUUCCUGUAACAGGGAUGAAUGUUAUGUUUUUCCAUCUGUUUUAUGGAUUUAUUUUUUUUUUAAUUUAUUUAAAUUUUUUUUUUUUUUUUUUUUUUUUAAUCUUAACAUUUGGAAAUAAAAGUACUUCAUGUCUGUUUAUCUGGAGAAAUGUAAAUGGUUACUGUGAUUUCGAUUUACAUUUGAAACUUGUUGAGUAAUGUGUAUGGUUUUUAAGAAUUAAAAGCUUAAAAAUGGA